AGGUGGCUGCGCAGAGGAGCACAUGGAUUCCACAGAAUACACAGAACACGGCUUGCAGCUCUACUGGCAUUUAUAUUGGUGAUAGGUGCUAUGGACGAUUCAUGUUUACAUCAUUUGUACUGAACAGGUCACCGUUGUUCGAUAGACAAAGACUAUUACAAGAUUCUUGGUGUUCCUAAGGAUGCAUCGCAGGAUGACAUCAAGAAUACUUAUCGUUCUGUGAGUAUCAUAACAGUUUAGCUAAUCUUGAGACAUUCUGAGGCUUGUUCGUGAUGUAUUUUUCAUAUCAUCACGUGUGAUGCUGCUAACUUUUGAAGAAACUUCAUGGGUGAUUCUCAACUUGUUGGUGUGUAGCUUCAUCAUGAAAUGUUUCCAGGUGUGAUGUUGCUGAUCACACCAACAAUCCGUGCAGCAACUGGAAACCCUAUUUUUGUUGUUUUAUAGACAGUAUUGAUGUAGUAUGACCUUUAAAGAUAUAUGUUUAAAUUUUUGGAACAAAUGGAAUUAGGAUGAGAUUACGCAGAUAUGUUGAACAGCGAACGUGGAAGUCAGAUUUGCUUGUAACUUAGGUUCUAUGUUAUGGGAAUCGAUCUUCAAAAAUGUGUGUUAGCAAUAUUCUCCCUUGUCUCUGAAAAAAAUGCAAAUGCUUGCAAAAAAGUACCAUCAAGACACAAAUAAAGGCAAUACUGCUGCAAAAAGGAUGUUUCAGGAAAUAAGAGAUGCAUACGAGGCAAUCCAGACGUUACGGGAUCCUUCAAAGAGAGAGCAAUAUGACAUGCUAUUUUCUAGAGGGUCAAGGGGGGAGUUUGAUGGGUCCUCAAAGGAUUCAUUCUCAGGAUCCAACAAUCAGAACCGUGACCCUUUCACAGAAUUCUACAGACAGAAUGAUGGUCCUUUCUCUAGUAAAUUCUAUAAAAUAUUCUCUGAGGUUUUCCAGCAUGACGUAAAUAUGCAUGGACAUGAUAUCGAGGCAGAGGUGAAUCUAUCUUUUAGAGAAGCUGCUAACGGAUGCAUGAAGCAAGUGUCCUUUAGUGCAAAAAACGUUUGCAAUUCAUGUGAUGGGAGAGGUUACUUAGCAAAUGCAAAGAGAUAUGUUUGUCCCUCAUGUAAAGGUUUAGGAAGAGUCACUAUGUACCCAUUCACAUCCAUUUGUAAUUCUUGCAGAGGUGUUGGGAAAGUAAUUAAGGAUUAUUGCUUGACAUGCAAAGGUUCAGGGGUGGUAGAUGGUAUGAAAUAUGUAAAUGUGACUAUUCCAGCAGGAAUUGAUUCUGGUGAUACAAUUCAUGUUCUGGAAGCUGGAGAUAGUGGUGGACUUGGUGCCCGACCUGGAAGCCUGUACAUCAAACUUAAAGUAGCAAGUGAUCCGGUGUUUUCUCGAGAUGGUGCUGACAUCCAUGUAGAGAAAAGGAUAAGCUUCACACAGGCAAUGCUUGGCGGAAAAGUUGAAGUACCUACUUUAGAUGGGAAAACAGAAAUGAAGAUACCCAAAGGAAUCCAACCAGGGCAAGUUCUUGUUUUAAGGGGAAAAGGAUUGCAAAACCUGGCAGGAUACUUUGGGGACCAAUAUGUCCGAUUCCGAAUCCAUUUUCCCUCGGUGGUUACUGAACAGCAGCGUGCACUGUUGGAAGAAUUUUCAGUAGAGGAACAGAACUCUUAUGCAAAAGGAAACUGGUGGGAGCUAGUAGGAGAAAAUAUGACGGGUCAAAAUUUCAUGAUCGGAGUUGGCAUCCUUCUACUGAUUCACCUGAUACUGAGCAAGGCUGUGAGCUAAGGCUUCGGAGCUGCACUAUGUUUGGGCUGUGGGGGUGACAUCAAGCACUAUAAAUUCUAUGAAUAUUCAGGUUAAUACAAAAAUUAGUGAAGGUCACGAUUCUUUUCACCGAAUACCGAAUAAUAUUUUAGAUCUCAUCACAUAGUUAGGAGCUGUCUGAUUUUUUCCUUUUUUGUAUUAAUUCAACGAGUUGCCUAAGUUUUGUUGUAGCCUCUCUUCACUGGUGUAACUUGGAUGCUUUCUUUGAGAAGUAACAUGAGUGCUUGACAGCGGGAAUAGUUCAAUGCUACCCCCAUGUUGGGUCAAAUCAAUUUUCCUUGUAAUUCAUGUAUCCUUCAUCA